UUGCAUGAAUCGUGGAAAACAUUACUUUCGCGGUGUCGUGAAUGUUGAUCGGUGUCACGUCUGUUGCAUGCGUACUGUGCAAAUAGCGGCAUAGCUUGAUAAGUUGAAGACACUAGAAUGAUCUAGACUCUGCAAAGAUGCUUGGUAUAAUCGUAUCUGGUCGACUCGUACAAACAGAUUUCCAACAAAUUGGAGAAAAUCAAUUUUUGAUUACAGUACCUGAUGCAGAUGAUAUAAAUCAUAUUGUGGUAUUCCUUACAGGUAUUAUAUCAUUCCCUGAUGGAACAGGUGGAGCAGUGUAUUUCAGUUGGCCGGAUCCAACUCAUCCACCAAACUGGCAGUUUCUGGGAUACAUCUCAAACACUAAACCAUCAGCCAUAUUUAAGAUAUCGACAUUGAAGAAAAACCAUGAAUUUGAAAACAGUAAUUUAGGAAUCUUUGGUGUGGGGAAGAUUUCCCAUGUAGCACAAAUAGGGGUUUCACUCGAACCUCUUGCAAUCAUAGAACAACAAGCAGCUCAAGUGUCUCAAGCUACUUCAAAUUCGUUUUUAGAGUUUGUCCAAAAAAUGAUCACCAGCUUCUUGAAUUACGUAUCUAGUUUUUCCUUAACUCAGGCACAAAUGACACCCAAUCCAACUGAAAACUAUGUACCACUGUCCACUAUUCAAGGAUGGUAUGAAACUUUCGAAAGAAGGUUACAACAAAAUCCACAUUUCUGGAAAUCAUGAUAAGGAAUUAUGACCGAUCACUUUUUAUUAGUUUAUUUCCAUUUUGCUUAACAGCAACACGUCACAUUUUUAUCGUGAAAUACAGUGUAUGACAUACGUGCAUUUAUAAUUUUUAUAUUUUCAUUAAGUAAUUGUAUGGUAAUAAUAAGAAUAACAAUGAUUCUA